AUGAGUUUUGUGAGCAUCAAUGAAUGGUCGUUACAUCUUAAUGAGAUCUUUAAUAAAGACAAUGGCCCGCGCUGUGCUGUGUGUGAUGCUUUUCACCGCAGCCCCUUCUCGCCUUGCCCCCGACAGCUGGUGUCUGCUUUGCACAGCCUCACCCGGCACGUGGUGUACCGCGGCUUGACCAGGGCAGAAGACAUCCUCUGUCUCUUCCCAGAAAACUUCCACCAAAAUCUGAAAAACCUCUUGACUAAGAUAAUACUGGAGAACAUCUCUGCUUGGAGGAAUGAAGCACAAGCCAGUCAGAUCUCCCUGCCUCGGCUGGUGGACAUGGACUGGAGGGUGGACAUCAAGACAUCUUCAGACAGCAUCGUGAGAAUGGCAGUCCCCACCUGCCUGCUGCAGUUAAAGAUUCAGGAAGAUGCUGCCUUAUGUGGAAAUAAUCCUGUUGUUUCUGCACUGACUGUGGAACUGAGCAAAGAAACCCUGGACACUAUGUUAGAAGGUCUGGGAAGGAUUCGGGACCAACUUUCUGCCGUUGCAAACAAAUGAAUGCUCAAGGGCAUGGAUUCCAGCAGCAAGGAAGGGAAGUAUUCUCUGCCUACAGCUGUCAGAAGUUGCAGCCUAGUGUAACAUGUUGUCUAUUUCAGCAAAACAAAACUAAAGAGGUUUCUUUCUUGAAUUAAUGAGAUAGCUUUUGAAAAGCUAACACUCGAAUAUUCAUUUGGUUGGAUGCCAAAAAGUGGUUUCCUAUUAUGUUGUUGAACAAAAGCUGUUCAGCAUUUCAGAAGAGGAUUUGAGGGCUCAGAGCCUGGCUUAAUCACAAGGGUCAUAACUGGAAACAGCAAAUAGCUGCAGCCAAUGAAGCAAGUUCUAUCUCUGUCCUGAAAUGAGAAUCUAAAAGGCUCAAGCUGGGUAAUGGCUGCCUUCCAACAUCAGAAGAGGAGGGUGCUUCUCUCUGGAAUGUGCAUGUACUGAGGUGCCUGCUGGAUGUAGCAUUCUCUCCCUCUCAAUGAAGCACAGCCAUGCUGCAGAUUGUUAUUACAGGAUAAUGUGUUGAAAUAGGGCAAUUAUGCUGCAACACAUUCCCUUCUGAUCAGCUUCAUAGCACAUUUGCAAAAUGACUGUUCUGUACCUCUUUAGCAGGAACUAAUUUCCUCCUUCUGUUUGAAAAGAAAAAAGGGAGUUCAGGUAAUUCAUGUUUGGGGUUUAUUGGAUUCUGGACUUUGCUGCACAAAAACCAAACUGGGAGAAUAAAGAAUUGAAGGCUGUUUUCUGUGCUGUAGGAAACCCUUCUGUGGCAAUACGUGCCUAUACUUCUCCAAAGUGUUCUGUUGUUUGUGUAAAUCUUCAUUUAAUUAAAGAAUGAACUGCUAAUUGA